GCCGGUGCCUGCCGGGAGUGGCGCCCGCUCGCCCAUAUAUGGAUUGGAGAUUCUUAUUCUCUCUUCUUUUGUUCAUUUCUUUACCUUAAUUCAAAAACCCACCAACAACAUUAAUCUGCCAUUAACCAUAACCCCAAAAGAUGGAAGCUUUCCACAAAUUUAAGACAAGAUUUUAAUCACCCUUCCAUCACUCCAUCCUCCAUCAUAUAUAUAGAGAGAGAAGGUGAGUGUGUUGGGGAGUACUGUGAGUGUGAGGCAGAACAGAGAAAGAGAGAGAGAGAGAGCUCAAAACAAUUGAUUUGGUUCCAUUAGGGAACCAACCAUUUCUGUCACCAUAAUUUGCAAUGAUGCAUUCGUUUUUUGGUAAUAAGCUGAAAGAGCAAAAGGAAUAAGAAGGAAAGACCAGAAGAAGAAGAAAGAAGAAGGAGCUAAAGGGUGGAAAAAGGAAAAGAGAAAUGUUCUGCGGGAGAAGUUCGAGGUGUUCAGAUGGUAAUAGGAAGGGAUCUGUGCCGGUGUUCCUCAACGUGUAUGACCUCACGGCCAUUAAUGGCUACGCUUAUUGGGUUGGCUUGGGAGUUUACCAUUCUGGUGUUCAAGUUCACAAUGUGGAGUAUGCAUUUGGAGCACAUGAGUAUCCUACGACUGGGAUUUUCGAAGGUGUCCCAAAGCAAUGCGACGGGUUCACAUUCAGGAAGUCAAUUCUGAUUGGGAACACAAAUUUGGGGCCAGGGGAGGUAAGGAAAGUGAUGGAGGAUUUGGCUCAGGAAUACAAAGGCAAUGCUUACAAUCUCAUCACCAAGAACUGCAACCAUUUCUGCAAUGCUGCUUGCCUUAAACUCACCUCCAAUCCCAUCCCCAGCUGGGUCAAUCGCCUCGCCAGAAUUGGAUUCCUAUGCAAUUGUGUUCUUCCUGCACACAUAUGCUCAACCAAAGUUAGGCAUGAUGACAGCAAGGUAGAGGACAAGCCUUGUGAAGUAAUAGUUGUAGAAGAGAAGAGAUUGAGAGAUGGGUGUGAUCAUCAUCACUUCAAGUCGUCAUCAACGUCAUCUACUAAUUUCUCAACUUCAACUUCAGCAUCAGCAUCUUCCUCGGCCCCCAGUGCUGCUGGAGUUCAUCAUCAAGUUCGCGGCAGGAGUAGGACUAGAACUAGACGGCGCAGUUUCCCACCUUCUUCCCCCUUGAUCUCUUCACCUUCAUCAGUUUCAUGAACAUGCUGAUCAGACCAUCCUGUUUUGCACAAGCUAUUUGUUCUUGACAGUUCGGUAUAUUUUUAUACAAAAUGGAGACUCCUCUGAAAGGAAGAUCCAAAUGGGCAGAAGAGUUGGAUGUUGAAGGUGAUGAUGAUUUCCAUCUCUAACUAAGAAAAGGACAUGCUAUCAUCACCAUAUAUAUCUGUACAUUAGUUCUUCCUUUUUCCAUUUUUGGAUUAAUGCCGAGUUUGGUCCCUUAACUUUGCUACUUUCCUCGAGCGAGC